AGAUAGUGUCUUGCUCGCGUUCAAAGUCGUCGGAUGUCUACUAUAGACGAUCUGUUACCAUCUUCUUCUUCGGACUCCGAAGACGAUGUGGAGGAAGAGGCUCAGGUCGCGGUCAUUAAAGAGCCGAAAGUAGCGUCCGUCCUAACCCCUCUCCCUCCUGUCGUAGCAGUAGAGGACGUAAAGAUGGAAAUUACUCCAAUAGUGCAACCUACUGUGCUGAAAGAGUCAAUACAAAAGGCAUUCGCGGAAUCGAUUUGGAAACCUGUCAUCGACAAAGGCGGAGCGGCCCCUAAGAAAAAGGUAUCAGUGGAUAACGCUAUGGAAAAGGAGCGAUUUCUUUUGAUGAAGUCCGGACAAGAUCAAAAUGCAGAUAAUCUAUAUAGGAGACGGGAUCUGAUCAAAAAGCACAUAAAGAAUGCAGAACAGAUCGUUUUUGGUGAAGAUAAAGACAUUUCAAGUGUGCGCAGUUUCAUCGAAGAACGUUAUCGUCUUCACUUUGGUCUGGGUCCAGAUGGUCAUCCCAGAGAACUUUCUGCUGAGGAGAAAGAAGAAGUCGAUUACUUGAUUGAAAAUUCAGCUUUUAUUACCAAGGUUAUUCUGCGUAUGCAUGAUUUGGAACCGGAUGAUUACAAAGGAAAAAUUGAUAAUUUCCAUAUGCAAGCAAAGUUGGCGGUUUUUCAAGAAGAGAAAGCCAUCAGGGACAAAGAGCUACAGGAUAUGAAUAGCGAACGGCAACGUAUAUUCUUCCAGCACAAAGAGAGGUCGGAGCAGUUGUCCCGAGCUCGUGCUGGUGAAGAAAGCUCAGAUGACGAUGUUGAUGACGAUAUGGAAGAAGGCGAAGACGAUUUGGCUCGUCGCCAAACUGAAAUCGAAAAUGAACUGAUCAAGAAGAUGAAGGAGAUGAAAGUCGAGGUCAAUCCAGAGCAAGUAGCCAUUUGUGUCUCUGAUAUGAUAGCAGCAAUGAGCAUACAUACUACUCCUUAUGAGCGUGUCAGAGCAUCGAGUCCACCCCGUCAGGAAGAUAAGGGCAAACCCCUCAUAGACCUUCCUUGGUCGGCGGAGAAUGAUACGAAUGAUGAUGAGCUACUCGAAGAAACUUCAGAAGAAGUAGACCUUACCGAAGAUGCAGCUUUGCGCAGCAUAGAAGGAAAACACCAAAUUUUGUUCGAUUGGUCCGAAGACAUAUUUCCGGAUGAUGACAAUACGGCAGUGGGAGAAAAGCGACCGCUUGAUGUGCUUGAUGUAUUAGAUUUUCGGCCAAAGCGACGAGCUGUUGAGAAGAACGGAAAUGUUGAGCCAAAACCAAUGGACACAACUCCACCACCCGCACAUUUGCGAUCUUGUCUGAAACACCAUAAUGAGAUUCUCACUGACAUUAAUGAAGAUCAUUUGUCAGUAAAGGAACGAAUAAAGUGGCGUACAGCAUUUGAAACGCAUGCGGCAAAGAAGAAACGUGUACAUUUCACAGAUUUUGAUGAUCCACGGAAUAAAUGUCGAUUUUAUGUUCGUCCAUUGGAUGAUGGCAACAUCACUCACAGGAGUGAUAACCUGCUGAAAGAUGUCUGCAAACAAGCAACUUAUGUGGAUUGCACGUUGACUCAUGGACGGCAGAUUAUUUAUAAGAAUUUGCGAAGACAACCUGCAGCAUCGGCGUCCAAUUCGCACGACCCCGAAGCUUUUCUUAAAAGAUUGGCGAAGCUCAGGGAUAGCGACAAGUUCGUGACAAAGUAUUCAAUGGAGCAUCCUUCGCAGUUCUUAAUGCUUGACAUUCGCGAGUUGAAAUCUGCAAAUGGAAUGCAUUUACCAGCGUUUCCGGGAAAAGAACCUCCACAGUUACAGGAUUUGUCAAAUGGAUCCCGCGCUCAUCUCCUGUCAUGCUUCCGACUUAGCAUGCAACAUUUCAUACAAAAUCGGGCUGGGAUCACUAAAGUCAAUCACAUUGAUGAGGCUAAGAAUCUGGUUGCAGGAAUUCUGAUCCUUAGCGAUUCCCUUCUAAGGGCUGUUGAACAAAAGAAGUUAUCCAAUGCGGUAAUUCAACGUUUCCAUCCGUCACAGUGUGCUGAAGACAUACUUGAAGUGCUAGAUCGGUGUUCCUAUGAAGAGUUGGACCUCCGACACUGUAUGCUAGCUUGGGGCCAUGACCUUAUCGCGUAUUUCCAGCAGAGCCCGAUCUUGGCAGCAGGCCAGGCUCUUGCGUCGCUUUUUUAUAUCCGAGCCACUUUCCAGAGAAAGAAGCAAUUGUUUGAACAAGAAGGCUACAGGAAAAGAAAGCUCCCCACCUUUUGGUUGCUGACCAUACCUGAGAUUGGAGACUUUGCCCAACAUUUCAAGAUUUUUAACAACCUAGUGAGGGCGGUGUUCAAUGAACAUCCAGAUUUUCGGAUACUAGAUUGGGCGCAAGAGGUUGAAAAAUCCAGGACUAGAGAGAAGCGCAGAAGCCCUUAUACGAAGAUCGCCGUGGAACAAAGGCUGAAACAACUUUUUGAUUUAUGCCGAAAUGAAAUGGAUCUCACCUACUUUCGGUAUUCAAAUCAGAAGAACGUGGAGCGAGCUGUUGCUUACAGCAAACAUGACUAUGACAGCGGACGAGUGGAAGAGCAGGGUGCACUCCUCAACGCGAACGAAUCCGACAUGAACGCGAAGAUCAUACCGAAUAUGGAAGGGCAAACGAACAAACCAAAAUUUCAUGCUCGUUGCAGCGAUGAUAUUCUCACUGAACUAGGCCUGCUAAACUUCCACUCCCUCUUCAUAAUGUUUUCAAUGGGUUUCCUUUGGUUUCUCUCCGCAAUGCCCACAAUGUCACCAGCGUACCUGGCUCCUCCACCAGAGCUGCUCAAAAAUUCAACGUAUAUAUCUGUACAAAGCGAAUUUAAUCUUCACCGAUCUGUAAUCGAUCCUGCUGAGUUGACAUCUUCUAUUUACUUCCUUGGUAACUUUGUUCUAGGACAAGCAUACUGUAUGGCGGCUGACAGAAUCGGUCGACGACCCGUGCUGGUUUGGAGUCUUAUUGUAUCUGGUCUUGCUGGAGUAGGAUCUUCCAUUGCACCAUCAUUCGCUCUCAUGUUACUUGGGCGAUUCAUACAAGGAUCAUUCUUCAAUUCCAUCACGAUGAUUAACUGGGUAUUAUGCUGUGAAUCCAUAGCAUUCAAAGGUCAUUCCUACGCUUCUGUUGUUUUUGGUGUCUUCUGGGUAGGAGGGUAUUGCGUGGUUACACCAAUUGCCCGAGCAUUUUCUUCUUGGAGGACUCUACAGCUUCUUACAUCGUUGCCUACAUUGCUAUUCGGAAUUUUAUUACUUUUAGUGCUUCCGGAAAGCUUCGGCUUUCUCGUAGCUAAAAAGAAAGCUGUUGAAGCACAAUCAUGGAUCAAGCGAUCUCAGCAAUAUGGUGGACGCAAAUUUGAAUGCGAUGUGUUGAAAACCAUUGAAAUUGAAACCGCAUCACUUCCAGAAGACGUUUCUCUUCUUGACAGUCUGCGACAUGUUGCUCAAAACUCGAAACUCAAACUUUACAUGGCUAUUCAGACUGUUCUAUGGGUUGUCGACUUCAUGAUCUACAGCGCAUUGUCGCUAACAUCAACUGAUGUUGUGGAAGGAAGUUCCGAUAAAGCAUUUCUAUACUCGGGAUUGGUAGAACUGCCAUGCUACUUGUUAAUGCCCGUUUCGCUGGACUGGCUGGGAAGAAAACCAACAGUAAUUCUAAGCCACAUCUUGUCGGCUACUUCGCUCACCAUUAUGUGUUUUUUGAGUAAUGGCUCACAUCCAGCGCUGUAUUUGUCCAUAUGGCUGUUGGCAAAAUUUGGCAUGGCCAGCGCGUUUAUGUGCUGUUUCGUCUAUGGUUCGGAAAUUUUCCCUGUACAGUAUAGGAACAUCUGUCUUGGACUUUGCGCAACAAUUAGUAACAUCGGAGCGAUGAUGGCACCUCAUUGUACAAUGCUAAACCAAGUUUUCGAUGGCUUCAUGUUCGCUGUGUUCGCCGGCCUUUGUACAUUGGCAGCUGUUCUCACGAUGUUUCUUCCGGAAACAAAACAUUCCCACUAA